AUGAUGAUGAUGCGCCGUUCGCUGGGCGCCCUGCUGGUGCUUGCCGUCUGCUGCUGCUGCUCUCUCGUGACGGCCGAACAGAAAACUUCUGUGGGGAAAGGGUCUGCUGCGCUGGAGUUGCCGCCGGAUGUGAAGGAGUUGCUUGGCGGAGCACUGAACACGGCAAUGAGGGCGAAGCGUGAGUUCUGUGAGCGUACGCGGCACUGUGUGGAGAAGAAGGACGUGCGGCAAGAUGAGCUGGAGACUCGGGGUGUGCUGAAGAGGCUGGACACGGUGGUUGUGGCGUUUAUCAACGCACUGAAGGAGGAAUGGGGUCGCGACAGGAGGCGGAAGACCGACAGCUCGUCGGCGGAGGCGGCGGCAUUGGCCUCUGAGACUGCAAGCCUGAAUGCCGCUCGCAAUGCGGUGAGGAUACUACAAUCUGGAGGCGAGGGGGGGUCGACUAACAAGGAGGUGCUGCGUCAGGCAGCUGAGCAGGCUGCGAUUGCCCUGGAGGAGGCGCAGAAGUCGCUGCUGUAUGCCGAGAAGGUGGCGAGGGAACAGGGCACGUCCGAGGCAACAGAAAGGGCCAAGGCGGUACAGAACGUCGCACGCAACGUUGACAUGUCGCUCACGUCGCUGCUGCAGAAGCUGGAGAAGGGCACGUUGAAGGGCUCUGACAUGGGGGGAAGAAGGGACGCAUUGAUGAGCAAUGAUGCACAGGGUGCCGGCGGCGCUGCCCGGUUCCGGAAUGGAAACAGCGUCAAUGUCACCAAGAAGCUGCAGGAGCUGGCGUCAGCAGUGGAUGGCAGCGUUCCUCCUCGGUUGUGCUUGCCGGUGUGGCUGCUUCUGAUGAUGGGUGUUGUUGCCUGUGCCGCUGUGUAA